AAAACGUCUUUGAACGGAGUAGGCAAUAUGUAAAUAACACUUUAUGACAGGGUUUUCUAAACUGUUAUAGAUAAAUUAUCAUUACAGUUGUGAAAAAAUAAUGAAGGAACUGUUUGAAGUUUGACUCGGGGACCAGCCAAAUGAAGUCGCCUGAAACUUUGCAGUAGUAUGAAGCAAUCCAGUGAAGGGCAAUUUUAGUGAGCUGACCAUGAGAAGGAGCCCAAGGAGACCCCUGAUCCUAAAAAGAAGAAAAUUACCGUUCCACCAAAAUGAUCCAACUCCAGCUGACAAACCCGUUCAGUCCUUGGCACCAGGCGCUAGGGAGGCGCCUAAAUCAGCCGCCGGCCAGUGCUUUCCUCAUGGUAUUCCCAUCAUGGAUCACCCAUUAAUGUCUAACACGCAGGUGGUUGUCAUCCCCAAAGAGGCUGAUCUAAAAAGCAUCAUCGGUGCCCUGACUGCAAAGGGAAAAGAGAGUGGUGUCCAAGGCCCAAAUAAGUUCAUCCUUCUCAGUGAGGCUGGCAGCGGGGACCACGGAUCUUUCCACCAGGCCGUUAAACAGGAGCAGCCGUCUACUUCUAAAAGAAAAAUUAAACAGGAGAAAAUGGAGCGUACCCACAAUUUACCUCUCACUGGAAUUCAGUCACAUGGAAGUAGCAGUCCUCUAGAUGACAGCCUCACCAAUAUCCAGUGGUUGGGAAAAAUGAACACAAGUUCCUUGGAACCUCAUCUUGCAAAUGACAGUGCUGAAAAGGAGAGCAUUGAUCAAAAACCCCAGGAACUAACGGCCCACAGCACAAAAUCAAACACAGAAAACACUCGGCCGGCGUUAGAGAGGCCGCCGUACUCCUACACAGCCAUGAUCCAGUUUGCAAUCAACAGCAGGCAGAACAGAGGGAUGACUCUAAAGGAAAUUUACACAUGGAUCGAGGACCAUUUCCCUUAUUACAGAGAAGUGGCCAAGCCAGGAUGGAAGAACUCCAUAAGGCACAAUCUUUCUCUGCAUGACAUGUUCAUCCGCGAGCGGUCGCCAGACGGGAAAACCUCUUACUGGACCAUUCGGCCAGAUUUUAAUCGAUGCCUGACUCUUGAUCAGGUUUACAGACCCUGUUGCAAUCCAGGGACCGUUCAUUCUCCCGGGCCUAAGCGUUCAUGUACCCACCAAUCAAAGAAAAAGUACAUCGCCGCUGGCACACCCACUUCCUCUGAGAGGAAGAUGAAACCGCUUCUCCCCCGUACCGAUGCUUACUUGGUUCCCAUCCAGCUCCCCAUCACCCCCUCUGCCUGUCUGCCAGCCUCGUCUGGUUCUUUUGGCUCCACUGGCUUAAAGCACAAACAAAAUGCUUCACGGGGGACAAAGAGAGUUCGCAUAGCACCAAAGGUGACAGAGAGCAACACCCCGGCUGUGGCUCUACCUCUGCUGAACAAUCUGAAGGUGGAACCUGUAAAUGUUCCAAUCCAAUGUGAGACAUGCAGACCUUCUCCGAAGAGACAGUCCAGGCGCAAACAGAGUCUAGUGAACUCUCUGCAAGAAGAGCCCAUCCUCGUCUGUCCGGAUGACAGCUUCUUUGACUCCGGUGUUGCUUCAGAUGCUUCCACCUUCCAGGACAUGAGAGAAUCUGAUCCAAACGAGCAGAAGAACAUAAAGAGCAGUCCUGAGCGCGAACUUUACUUCAAAACCCCUAUAAAAAGCCACAGCCACCUCAGCUCCUCCACCCCAAGCAAGCCUCCACCUAGUGUCUCUCUCGAACCCUGGAAGGUGACCCCCGUGGGAAAAGGUGGGCAGAGCACCCUCGACUUCAGCCCCAUUCGCACACCGGGUGGUCCAGUAGUCACGCCCCAACGGGACUACACCACCUUCAGCUUCAACAGCACUCCAUUCAAAGAGCUGCCUUUGUUCAGUUCCCCCAGGGAGCUGCUCACUCAUGCUACCUGCAGAGUGCCGCCAUCAGAUCCCCCCUCUGAGCUGCAGCAUGCAGGAGCUCCAGGCGCCCCGUCGUCUAACCGCUCCAUCACAGAGGGCCUCAUCCUGGACACCCUGAACGACAGCCUGAGCAAGAUACUGGUGGACAUUAGCUUCUCUGCCCUCGACGACGAAGACCUGGGCAUUGCUAACAUCAGCUUGUCCGAGUUUCUCGGUCAGUUUGUUUAGCCUUGUGGCUAAAACCAUAAAAACCUGUUGUUGAACACUAAAGCACACGCAGACUUCCUCAGCAAAGCAAACCUACUUCUUUAAUGCUCUUGACUGGACUCUUUAAACUGGUUACUGUGUGGGUUAUAUGUUCAGUCUUUGAUGUUUUGAAAAGUUUAUAUCAGUCUAGAGGCGUGAUAGACCUCAAAAUGUUUGUUUUUAAUCUUAUUUUUUCUGUGCAACUAUAAUUUAUUGAU